AUGACUUCCAUCUUCCAGCGCCUCACCAGGCCCUUCACCUCGACCACCAUGCGCUUCGCUCCCGACCAAGCAGCCCAACAGAUGAACCUCCCUGAAGGCGCACAAAGAGCCACUUUAGCAGCGGGAUGCUUCUGGGGUAUCGAGCAUAUGUAUCGUAAGGACUUUGGUAGCAAAGGAUUGCUGGAUGCGAGGGUAGGAUAUAUUGGUGGCGAUUCGCAGAACCCGACUUAUCGGGCUGUGUGCAGUGGAAGGACGGGACACGCAGAGGCCUGCCAAAUAAUCUACGACCCGACCAAGCUCUCCUACCGCACCAUCCUCGAAUACUUCUACAAGAUGCACGACCCCACGACCUCCAACCAGCAAGGUCCGGAUCGGGGCUCGCAGUAUCGAAGUGGCAUCUUCUACCAUGACGAAGAGCAAAAGGCCGUGGCGGAGGAUGUCACCAAGAAGGCGAAUGAGCAGUGGUGGCAUGGAAAGAUCGUGACGGAGGUGUUGCCAGCAGGCGAAUGGUGGGAUGCGGAGAAGUAUCAUCAAUUGUACUUGGAUAACAACCCUGGUGGGUAUGAGUGCCCGAGUCAUUACUUGAGGAAGUUGCCGGAUCUGAAGUAG